ACCGGCGGCCACUGCGUCUCAGUCAUGCGUCAGACCGGAGCGGAGCAAGCGGGUCAAUAACGGGUCGUAUUCACCGAUCCUCGACCAGCGCUUUAACCAAUCUUAAAAACCAAUUAAUCGGUCGCGACCCGAGCGCCUCCACGCGCAUGACCUCCAGAGACUAGACUAGUGUAUGAGUGAGAAGGAGGAGGAGGAAGAGGAGGAGGAGAAAGAUACGGUGGAGAUGCGCAUAUCUGCAGGUCUCUAGCGCGGUCGUAAAACAAGUGUGGGGAGCCAGUCAGCUCUCACUGGAGCCAUGCCGGGAGUAACUAAGUACAAUUUAGUGGAUGACGCGCACGAUUUGAGGGUCCCCAUGCACAACGAAGAGGUGUUUCAGCAUGGGGUCUGCUUCGAGGCGAAGUACAUUGGGAGUUUGGAGGUGGGUCGCCCCGGCAGCCGAAUGGAGAUAGUCGCUGCCAUGAGGCGAAUCAGAUAUGAGUUCAAACUGAAGAACAUAAAGAAAAAGAAGGUCAACAUUGUUGUAUCCACCGACUGUGUCAGAGUGAUCCUGCGCAAAAAGAAGAAGAGAAAAGGGUGGUCAUGGGAUGAGAACACCAUCCUGGUGACACAGGAUCCCAUCUACAGGAUCUUUUACGUCUCACACGAUGCUCAAGACCUGAAGAUUUUCAGUUACAUAGCCAGAGAUGGACAGAGCAACAUGUUCCGCUGCAAUGUCUUCAAGUCUAAGAGGAAGUCUCAGGCCAUGAGGAUUGUGCGAACGGUGGGCCAGGCCUUUGACGUUUGUCACCAGAUGACCUUGCAGCUGAAAAGUGAAGACCAGGAGGAUGAAGAGGGGAGGGCGGAGGAGCAAGAGGCAGCUUCAGCAAAGAAGAGGUUGGCGUUGUCAGAGGAGACGGACCUUGAAGCCACCACAGAGGAGAGCAUCGAGUGUGUCUCUUCAUCAGACCUGGAGAAGAACAAAAAGGACGAGGCUCUGGGAACAGAUGGGAAGGUGUGCGACGAGCCCCCUUUGCUGCUGAGUUCACCCAUCCUCGGGGCCUCGUCGGGUCAGUCAGCAGCAGAGGUGUCCUGCUCUGCAGAGCAUCAGCUCCAGCUCCUUCAGAAACAACUGCAGCAGCAGGAACAGCAAGCUCUGGCGGUUUCAGCACAGGUUCAUGUGCUCCAGGAGCAGCUGUCGGUGGAGAUGUGUGCACGGACUGAAGCCCAGGCCAGAGUACAGAGGCUGCUGCAGCAGAACACUGACCUGCUGCAGCAUAUUUCACUCUUAGUUAAGCAGAUCCAGGAGCUUGAGCUCAAAUCUGCUGGCCACUUAAGAUCCAUGGGAUCCCAGGACAGUCUGCUGGAGAUAACUUUCCGUGCCAAGCCCCUCAGCAUUCCCUGUACACCCCUCACCCCUUCUUCAUCCACAGCCCCACUCGCAUCUCAGUCCCAGCUCCAGAUUAGUGAUGGUACAUGGCUAUCUGCUCUGCCAGGGCCCUGCUCUCCAGGUACCGCCAACGCCAUUCCUCUGGGCAUGAGCGGCAGCGGAGUUCGACUCGAGUGCUUUCGCUUCUCGGCCCCUGGGUCUGACAACCAGGGGCCAGGCCAGGACACCGGAGAGACUCCCAGUGAUGAAAGCUCACUGCUGGGGGAGCAGGUCCUGGGAGCCUUGGAGUUACUUCGCUUUAGGGAAUCGGGGAUCGGAUCAGAGUACGAAUCAAACACAGACGAGAGCGACGAUCGAGACAGCUGGGGGCACGGGGAAGGAGUGGGGGCGGAUGGUGCUGCACGACUCUUUAAUGUGCUGAAUGCAGAGAGCCUCGCAGACUGCUUAGGAGAUGAGAUGGCUGUUUAGUGGUCUCCAUGCACAAGGCAACUUUAAACUCAUGCACCAUCCAGGAGAUAUUUAGAAUCUGAAGGACUUCACAACGCAGAACUUAAAUAUUAUGAAAAAAGAUUUCAACAUCUGCAGGUGUAACCGAUCAUGUAAUCGUGACACUCACUCAUGAUUGUUCUUGCAAACAUUUUAAAGAGGCCAAGCUAUGCUUUUCAGAGUUUCCCUGUCCUUCAGUGUGUGUCAUAGUGUCUUGUGCAUGGUAAAAGGUUUGCAAAGUCCACACCUAAGCAGGAGCAAGUUUUCUCCCACAGAAAACCUGCUCCCGAACUGCCACAAACAUUCAUCACUUUAUUCAUUACCUAACAUGUUGGUAUGACAGCUGCUUAGCUACUAGUUGGGCUGCAACUCAAAAAACAGCAGUUGCCUACAUUGGUUUGUUUCAAUUUAAUAAUGUUGAACAGAAAAUACACACAAGUACGGAAGCCAAAAGCAGCCAUGCCUGCAGUUUUUUAUUUUAUCUCAAGAUCACAAAGCUUGUCUUUACUUGAUAACUAGACACCUGCCUUUUGUUUUUCUCAACAUAUUGGGUAUAAAGAGAUAACAAGCGUCGUCUCAAAAUCACAUGAUGAACAAGGUGGGCUUGAAAAUGAGCAGUUAGCAGCUAAACCUGGCAUUUUCAUCAUGGAAUACGGUCAUGCCAUCAGGGAAAAAAUCAUGGACUGCCUUUGACAGGCUUGUACAGUAAGCACCAAGCAAGAUGGCUGCAUCACUUCAUCUGGCUCUCUUCAUACCCUGAUGCUCUCUUCAAUCUGGAACAGGGUCAAUAUGGACUCAUCAGACCACAUGUCACUUCUUCCAGUGCUCCAGAGUCCAAUCUUUAUGCUCCCUAGCAAAUUCACGCCCUUUUUUCUGAUUAUUAUUACUGAUGAAUAGUUCUGUUAAGGCUAUACAUCUGUUUAGUCCCAAUCCCUUGAGUUCCCUUUACAUUGUGUGUGGGGAAAUGUUCUUACUUUAACUAUGAAACAUAAUCAUGAGUUCCACUGGUGUUUAUUUAAUAAUUUGAUGUCACCAAACAUUUAAGUCAUCACCGAUCACCAUCAUUCAAUAUUUUUAUUUCAUUCACAUUUUGUACUGAAAGACGACGGUUCCCCACAAUCUUUCCAGUUUUCUAUAAUGUGUUGGACAGUUAUUGACCCAGUUUUAGUAGUUUCAGCAUCUCCUUGUAUUUUUUUUUUUUUUUUUUUUUUUUUGCUUGUUGCCCAUAAUUUGAUGCUUCUUCAGCAGAUGUUUUCUACAACCAUAGGAUGUGUCUUUCCACAUUUGUUUAA